AUGGGCAAGGACGGGAACAAAAAGCGCCAACGCGAGGUGGACGAGGAGAUCCCAGUUGAUCCCGAUGCCAUCAAGGAUUCCGAUGUUGCUGCACAGAACCCCCCAAGCAAGAAAGCUAGAGUUGAAUCCAACCGCUCUCUCUUCAUCCGACAGCUACCUCCAAGUGCCACCGCCGAGUCUCUGACCGAGUUCUUCUCCCAACAUUUCCCUGUGAAGCAUGCCACCGUUGUCCUCGAUCCCAAAACCAAGACCUCGCGCGGCUAUGGUUUCGUCACCUUUACCGAUCCCGAGGAUACCCUCGAGGCCAAGGCCAAGCUCAACAACUACCUGCUUGAAGGGAAGCGCCUGAAGCUCGACAUUGCCGAAGCCAGACACCGUGAUGCUAAGAAGACCGGACCCGUUGUGUCCAAGGUCGCCGAGGAGAAGCAGAAACGUGCCGAAGCCGUCGCCGAGGCCCAGAAGCCCAACAAACUCAUCAUCCGCAACCUGCCAUGGAGCAUCAAGAAGCCUGAGCAGUUGGCCGAGCUGUUCAAGCCAUAUGGCAAGGUCAGGUUCGCCGACUUGCCCAACGACAAGGGCAAGCUCUCUGGUUUCGGUUUCGUCACCCUCCGUGGUCGCAAGAAUGCUGAAAAGGCUAUUGAGGCCGUCAAUGGCCUGGAGGUCGAUGGCCGCCCAUUGGCCGUCGACUGGGCCGUGGAUAAGCAGACAUGGGCCCAGCAGAACGGCGGACAGUCGGACGACAAGAAGGAGAAGAAGGACAAGAAGGUCAAGGAACCCAAGGACAAGAAGACAGAGGAGGAGGAGACUGCUGGCAUGACACAGGAGGAAAAGGAUCUUUACAACUUCUUCAAGAGCCAAGGCGAGAACCUCGAGAGUGAAGAUGAGGAGGACGAAGACAAGGACAAGGAGGACGAGGAUGAAGACGAUGAAGACAAGGACGAAGAUGAUAUCGAGGAGGACGAGGAGGAGGAGGAUGAGGAGGAGGAACAGAAGCCCAAGCGGCUAACCGACAACUCUCUAACACUCUUCAUUCGCAACCUACCAUACACCACCACCGAUGAGCAGCUGAAGGCGCACUUUACCCAGUUCGGCGGCAUCAGAUACGCCCGAGUUGUCAAGGACAAGGCCACCGACAGGCCAGCCGGUACCGGUUUCGUGUGCUUUUUCAACGAGGAGGAGAUGAAGGCCUGCCUCAAGGGCGCCCCCCGCCAUCAACCUACCACCACACUCGUCAAGCACUCCAUCCUUCAAGACGAGACCGUCGAUCCGGAGGGCAAGUACACGCUCGACGGGCGCAUCCUUCAAGUCGCCCACGCCGUCUCCAAGGACGAAGCCGAGCGUCUCGCUGAGGCCUCGGCCGGUAAGAAGGACAAGGACAAGAGACGCCUGUACCUCCUGAACGAGGGCCAAAUCACACCCUCGUCUACGCUCUUCAAGGUCCUUACCCCGGCCGAAAUCAAGAUGCGCGAAGCGUCGGCCAACCAGCGCAAGAAGCUGAUCCAGUCCAACCCGUCGCUGCACCUGUCGCUCACCCGUCUCGCGCUGCGCAACCUGCCGCGCAACAUUGGAUCGAAGGAGCUCAAGGCGCUCGCGCGCCAGGCCGUCGUCGGUUUCGCCAAGGACGUCAAGGAAGGCAAGCGCGCGCCCAUUUCCAAGGAAGAAAACUCGCGCGGUGGUGAGCAAGACAAGGAGAACGAGCGUCUCCGGAAGCUCAAGGGCAAGGGUGUCGUCAAGCAGGCCAAGAUCGUGUUCGAGACGACCACGGGCACCAAGGUGGACGAAAAGGUCGGUGGCGGCAAGUCGCGCGGCUACGGCUUUAUCGAGUACUCGUCGCACCGCUGGGCGCUCAUGGGCCUGCGCUACCUGAACGGGUUUGCCGUCAAGAACGAGCUGGGCAAGACGCAAAGGCUGAUUGUCGAGUUCGCGAUCGAGAACGCGAACGUGGUGCAGCGGAGGAGACAGGAUGAGGAGAAGCAAAGGACGAUGACGCCCGCGGAAAGGAAGACAGAGGUGGAGGAGAAGAAGAGAUCCAAGGAGGCCAAGGAGGCAUACAAGGCUGGAAGGAAGGCGGAUAGGAAGAAGGCCGCUAAGCCUGAGAAGCCUGCUGGGUGGAACAAGGGCAAGGAUAAGAAGGGCCCGGCUGAGGUGACCAAGGCCGCAGGCGCCGCUCCGGCGAAGGAGGUGAAGGCUGAAGAUAUCAAGGUGGAUAAGAAGGGCAAGAAGAGUGAGAUGGUCAAGGAGGCCCUCAUGACCAAGAUCCUGGCGAGGAAGAGGCAACAGAGGAAAAAGAAGGCUAACAUCAGGGGCAAGAAAUAAGCUUGGGCUCUUGGAGUUUACCUAAUGUAGGGAGAGAGAGUGUUUUUCUGCUGCUGGCCCGGAAUGUUAAAUCUUUUAUGUUAUUACCAGGGCCUUUCCUGUUUGCUAUCUAAGUAUACCUUUAUCACGAUCAAAAGCAAUGCCUUAGCGUUUUCCAAC